AACGGCGGCGGCCGCCAGCAGCAACAGCAGCCAGUGGUCGUCAGUGCACGACAGCUCCGGGUGCCCCUCGACGAAUACCCGCUCUUUCUCUCCGUUUCUCCCGCACCCGCGCGCGCGCGCACACACACAGACACACAUACACACAAGGCACCGGUCGUUCUCUUAGCGCACAGUCACACGAUCGCAUCCUCGCGUCGCCGCGCCGUGCUUCGCUCUUCCGUCGGCCGAAUCCGCGUGGGAACUCUCGACCGGACCGGCUCGCGUCGUCGUCACCGUCGCCGUUGUCCGAGCGUUCCGAGCGCGUUCCUUUUCUCUCGCGCGCCCGCUCUCGCAGUGCCCUUCCGAUUCCGCGGCGUUUUAACGUGACAUAUAUAAUACACACACGUCCAGGGGUCUUUCACUGGCCAGCAAUGUCGGCGCAAGUGCAGGGCACGCUUCUCGACGUGCUCAAGAAGAAGAUGCGGCAGACAAAGGAGGAGAUGGAGAAGUACAAGGACGAGUGCGAGGAGUACCAGAGGCGGCUGCAGGUGGAAGUGAUGCGCCGCGAGGAAGCUGAGUCCGAAGUCGCCGCCUUGAAUCGUCGUAUUCAACUCCUGGAGGAGGACCUCGAGAGAUCCGAGGAGCGCCUUGCCACUGCCACUGCCAAAUUGGCGGAGGCAUCGCAAGCUGCCGAUGAGAGCGAACGGUAAGUGUCCAUUACUAUGUCCGCAACGAAAUUAUUGCAAAGUUUUUUAUUUAUGAUCGUCUUGUAUAUUAUUUGCAACGAGCAGUUAUCAAAAUAAGAAUACGAAAGAUAUAUAUAUAAAUAUUUU